AUGACUCGCAUUUUUUUGACCGGCGGCUCCGGCUAUAUUGGUGGGCAGGUUCUCCACACUCUGCAGUCAACACACCCUGAGUAUGAAUGUGUUGCUCUCUUGCGUGACAGCGACAAGGCUGCUAUUGUCUCCAAGGCCUAUCCUCGCGUCCGUGUUGUUCUCGGUGAUCUCGACUCCUUAUCGCUGAUUGAAGAGGAGGCACGUCAAGCCGAUGUGGUUAUCAAUGCCGCUACUUAUAAGCACCAGCCCAGCAUUGAAGCUAUUGCUCGCGGUUUGGCCAACCGCCCCACACCUGGAUACUGGGUUCAGAUCUCUGGUGCAAGCAUUCUUUCCAUUCCAGACAUUGUGAACAAUCGCUUCGGAGAGGCUGCUGGUAAAGUCUAUGAUGAUGUGAAGGAUGCUGCUGAGAUCCGCGAGAUUAUCAAACAGAAUGCAGACACCAGGGUGGCAGACAACUACCUUGUCAACCUCCAGGGCCCCAAGACUGCACUUGUUUUCCCGCCGAUUAUCUAUGGCAAAGGAAGUGGCCCCGUCAACCAGCGCAGUAUUCAAAUUCCAGAGCUUUCCCGGGUUGCUAUUCAAACUCGCCAGACUGUCCAAGUAGGCAAGGGAGAAAGCACCUGGAGCAACAUUCACAUCUCCGACUUGGCCAACGUAUUUGUUGGAUUAGUUGAGAAGGCUGUUGAAGGUGCAGAAGGCGCUUUCUGGAAUCAGGACGGUCUCUACUUUGUUGGUAACGCUGAUGUGCUAUCAUUUGGCAAAAUCUCUCAGCUCGUUGCCGAGGCAGCUCAUAGCCUUGGUCUGACUGACUCGACUUCCGUCAAGAGCGUUAGUGCUAGCGAGGCGGAUGAGUUGACCGGCAAGGGUAGUGUUUUCUGGGGUACCAACGCUUGGCAACACUCCCAGAGAGCAACCAAAUUCCUGGGGUGGAGUCAGAAGGCUCACUCGCUGGAGCAGGAGAUUCCGGUAACCGUCAAGGCCGAGGCGACGCGACUGGGCAAAUUGUAA